CUCUUGUUGAAUAUGUACGAUGCUCGCAACGCUAGUCGAUAUUUGCGGGUGACCUCGUGCAGAAAAGUCUUGAUCGUUGAUCCCCACGACGAGAUUAUUCCAGAUUUAGCUAGUUUACGGUCUGGAGCUGCGCUCGGUUUACUUUUCGGAGAUCCAGAAGGUGCCUCCUUCAAGACACUAGCAGGAGGAACGAGGAGUGGUGGAGCUAUUUCUGGUGGUAGUGGUAAUACUAUCGGGUCGUCACAUAUUAGUGGAAGAGGAGGCGUCGAAGUAGUAAACAGCAUAUCGAAGAAGACACUGCAGAUGAUGAACAACUCCGAAGAUUCUAACUACGACAUCAAGGGACGAGGAGGAGGUGGGAGUCGAGAGUUUGACGUAGUGUCAACGGCAACCGGAGGGUCUGCCACUAUUGAUUCUAGUAGUCUAGUCGCUGACGAGUCUGACGUUGCCAGUGUCGCUAGUAGUUCGGCGCCUCUAGUACAUAACACCACCUCCAGUACAACAAGUACCUCCGGAGUAGAACAACUAGACUCUUCAUCUUCACCAAUCGAUGUCGACGAUUUUGAGGGUGAAGCUGAGUUUCAACGAAAUGCAAAGACAUUCGUGUCGGAUUACCAUUGGCUAUUCAGGUUGGUGGACCUGAUCUACCAGGACGACGAUGAGUACAAGGCUAAGGCUACUUUGUCAAAUCACUAUCUCCAAUGGGUACCCCUCAGAAGUCAAGAGGAAAUUAAAGGGAACGGAGGAGGCACUUCACUCAAACAGGGAUAGUGAUUUGCAUAGCUCUAACAAAGCCCCUCCUCGAGAUGGAGGUGGACACCAGUCGAUGACUUCUGCAACCGUUUUCGGGGGACGCAGGUUAGAACCUUUCGCAGGAGACAGUGGAGCAAAUGCAGAAAACACUACUGGCGCUUCUGGAGCGGCGUCGUGGUCGGAAUUGGCUACGGAACUCGCUUUCGGGGAAACUGAUGUCGCGUGGCUUGAGAAGCACAAAGGUUUCGUGCGUCGCCUCUUUGUAUCGUCUGCGCUCCUACCGCAGGUUCGCAGCACGCUGGACUUGCUGUCAAGAGAGUUCAACAUUGGAGGGAGCAGUAUCAAUGACGUUCUUUCUCUAGCGGACUAUGGGAAGUACGUGGAUUACGAGCAAAACCUCCGACAGUUCCUUGCGAACAUGGUGUGUUGGGGACCACUGCCGCAGACUGAUGGCUUCCUCUCGCAAUUGUUAUGGCAGAACUUUCACUCUUACUCUUUUCAUCCGCUUAGAGCUGUUUUCCUCCUGCGAGGGUACACGCGUGGACACCGACUGCGGGAGGGGGAACCGAACAACAAGACACAGCACAGGGAGGCGCGUGCGGUGGCGACGGGUCGGGCGGUGAUUCUUCUUGGGCAGACGCUGAAGAGGAAUGGCCAGAAAUCGAGGACCCUGGGCGGGCUCCGAGGGUGAUGCAGAGGCAGGGCCUGAUGGCAUGGAACCCAGCCGAUGAGUAUCGGAAACACUUUGAGACGUGCCCAAUGAAGGAGCUCGCAAAGGAGUGGAUCGCCCUGGUUGCCCAAAAGCAAGCCCAGGAGGGUGCCGAAAAAAAGGACAGCAAGGCCCCCCAGCAUGAAGACAAGGAGAAGGAGCAGCCAGCCCAGGAGGAAGACACGCGCUUAGCUCAAUUUGGUGAAAAGUGAGAGGGCCAAGGGGUCGCGACUUGGCUGCGCCCUUGCUUCGUUCGCGCUGGUCACCACCUCAAGAGCGAGGGCGAGCGCAGUCUUAAAGAGGGCCGAUGGGCAGCCCGACAGCUUACGCCGUUGCUAGCGUUUUUGGGUGUGCUGAGGAAAGGACGAGGAGGGAGGACGCGCCGCAGAGUGUGGCACCCGGAUCGAUUUACGCAAGAGAUACGCAGGUGAAUCCGCUCACCUCAGGCGACCAACGGCGUGACGGGUGAGAACGGCCGAGAGGAUGUGCCGCGGCAAGCUGUGAAGGCCGCUGGUGUGCAUAGAUAGCGCGGCGGGGCUGGGGAGUGUGUUGCAAUGGCGCCCAUGAGGCCCGGGGGCUGGGCUUGUUUAAGUGGGUGGGCUUGCAUGAAGAUGCCAGGCUGAAGAACGUCCGCGAGCCCUCGGCAGGCUUGCAGAUUCUGGGGCCAGAGCAUGCGGCACUCUGCUGACGAGCAAAAGAAACAGCAUGCGGGAGGGGGUUCAUGAAUGGGGGCGCAAGUUGCAGAAGAUGGCGCAACACCUCCCGCAGAAUGGGCGCGCAAAAUGAAGACCCAGCGCCGCGGGGAGUGCGGGCCACACCAGGGGGCGAGGGCCAUUUUUAUGAUGAGGGGCGGCGGCCGGCGUGCGGUGCCCCCGGGGUUGUGAUUGGCGCCCAAUGCCAUUGCGCACACUUGAAAGAAAGGGCAGCGAGCCAGACUUCGCGGCACGCACCUGGGUCGCGCCGCGGGGUGUAGGGUGGGUGUGCCUUGCGUUGUGUGUGGGUCAAUCUGUGCUUGUGUGUUUUGUCGUCGUCAGAGAGUUCAAGCGUGGCCGCCUCGGGAUUAGAGAGGCAGGCGCGCAGGCAGCGACUUUGUGUUGUUCAUCUUGUAACUGUCUCUAGAUGAGAGGCAGCGGGUGUGCCCGUGUGAUUGUCUUCUCUUUCUUGUUUUCCUUCCAUCUUCCGUAGUUCUUCCUCCUUUCAUAUCUAGAAACAAGUGGAUCAGCGGCUUCGCUUAGCGCUAUGGACAUUGCUGCAGUGGAGUGGUUUACUUAUGGCUAUCAGGGGAAUUCGCGGAUGUUCAAAGAGCGACUACAACGACCGAGUAUGAACGUAGUGCAGCAGUAUCAUCGAGCGCUGGCUUUGCCUUACUUACAGCGCGCUCGCAGAAUCGUGCUGGAGGCUACAAGCCGCGUGUUACAGGAACGCAGCGCAAGCACCCUAGCUGCAGCUACACUUGAAGCUGGCGCUGUUGAGGAUGCUUCAGCCGUGCCUUCCAGGCUCGGGAACCAAGGAAAAGGCGGCGCAUCGCCGCCACUCUCUCCAUCCUCCGCAACCACAGCGAUCAACGGAGCCAUCUGCGCUCGACUAAAGCGGCUUGAUCUUUUCUUCUCAAUGGCCGCGAGGUUUCAUUUGCGCAUGUUUAUGGAGAAAAAAUGUUUUUUACUAGUAGUUCUGAAGUUAGAAAGUACAGGUAGAAGUACGUUGUUCAUCAGUAGCGUAAUGGAAGUUGAUAGCAUGUUAUGGGCAUAGUGCGAUGAGUAGAGGGUUAUUAUAACGAGAAGUUUCAAGAGAGAUCAUAAUGAGAAGUUUCAAUAGAGGGUCACAAUAAGAAGGUUCGUAACACUAUACUUCCAUGCUUUCAUCACAUCCAAGCACACGCAGACAGAAGAUUUUGCGAGGCGCCUUGGGUACGUCGUUCACGUUGAUUGCGGUCACAAUGGCGCGCUUGCACCCUGCGAUCAGGAGCACCUUGCCUUGUAUUUUGCGGAUCUCUACGAUAAGAGAGCGUGAACAAGAUGACUGACAUAGACUCAGCUUGUAGAAGAAGACUUCUAUUAUCACAGACUUUCUGGAGCCAUGGCCCCUGCGUGUCGCAAGCCAGAAAUCUCUUAAUCUUAGUCUUAACCGAGUAUUGAAAUUGACAUGUAUGUUGAAAUUAACGUGUUGUUGUUGAAUGAAUACCUUUGUUCCAAGAGCAUGCUCAUUUUGCAUCGUCAUUAUAGAAUCAAUCUAGCCAGGAAAGGCAUGAGCGGACGCUGUGGAAGACAUGGCCAGGAG